ACAGCAAGUCUUUUAUCUGUUUGAAUACUUGGCAUAAUUGAGCUGCUAUAAUAAUGACAUUCAUGGCCUGUUUGCGUAUGGUUGAUAACGAGCCACGCCCGAACUUUAAACAGAAUUGUGGGUGGCUUAGGGCGGACUUUUCUGCAAAGAAGCUGAAGAACAAGGUCUACUAAAGAUAAAGCGUCUUUUUUUCAACAGAGCGAUGUCUGUUAACCUCCUCCACCGCCUUAUAACGGUGGCUCUGCUGGUUAUCAGCUUGUUCUUUCACACUGCUGAGUGUGAAGGCAAAAUUAAUGGAUUCAUCAGUUUUGGUGUAACAGAAUUAGUUGCUGAUGAAGACAGCAAUAGUGGAUUCACUACAGUAUCCAUUCCAUUUGUCAGGGAGAUUGGAAAUCAAGGCAAUGUGCUAGCCACUUAUGAAGUGAUUAAUUCUUCUGCUUCAGCUCAGUUCCUUUCAUUGUCCAACAGUGUUAAUUUUAAUGGUGGGCAGACGGAAGCCAAUGGUUUUCUUGUACUCAUCAAUGAUGCAGUGCCUGAAGUCAAUCAGACAUAUAUAGUUGAUAUAAUCGAUGCUAGGUUUGGAGCAGAGGUGGGACCAACUGAUCGCCUUUACCUUACAGUUAGAGCUAGUGAUGAUCCUUUUGGAAGGAUACAAUUUGAAUCUUCAUCACUGGUCAGGAGUGCUAUAGAGCCACUGUCUGGUAGCACUAGCACUGUAUCAUAUGAUGUUAUAAGAGGACCUGGACUACAUGGACAAGUUUCUAUUAAUUAUGAGGUGACUGGUGGUCCAAACUCUGCAUCUCUUGAUGUCUCACUUGGUCAAGGUCAACUCAUAUUUGAAGAUGGGCAGAAUGCAAGCAAUUUCACACUCUCCAUCCUUCCAGAUAACAUACCAGAGAACAAUGAGACCUUUACUGUACGUCUUUAUAAUCCAGGGGGAGGUGCUGUAGUAGCGGAUAAUGACAACGAAGCACAGUUGAUCAUCAUUAGCAAUGACACUCCUCUGAGGUUCGCAUCCUCAAGCAUUGAAGUAUCAGAGAAUGUUGGAACGGCACAGCUUACAGUGUACAGAGGGGACAUAGGAGGAGUAUCCAUUGGGCCAUUAGAUCAAGUAACAACUGUACAGUAUAGCACAUUACCCACUGGUACUGCUAUUGCUGGACUGGACUAUACCUAUACAACAGGGACACUUACUUUUCCCUCUGGAUCAACUAGUGCUACAAUUGGUAUCCCAAUCAUUAACGACACAGUCCCUGAAGGAGAUGAAACCUUUACUGUUGCUCUUAGUAACCCAUCAGAUGAUGCCGUGCUUCAUACACCAAUAAAUGUGACUGUUAUUAUUGAUAUUAAUGAUAAUGCAGGCGGUGUUGUUAGAUUCCAGUCUAUUGCUCCUCAAACAAUAUCAGAAGACAAUCAAACGAAUGCUACCUUUAUAAUACAAAGAGAUGUCAGUACACUUGGAUCGUUAACGAUAUCUUACUCCAUUAAAGACUCCAACAAUCAGCUAGCAUCAUCUGAUUUUGAUCCAGCCUCUGGACAGAUAACAAUACCAAAUGGAGUGGACAUGUCUCAAUUGGUCAUUAGAGCUAUUGAUGACACACUCCCUGAAGAAGCUGAAUCAUUUACUGUGUCUAUUGAUGGGGUCCAGUCUGGAGAAGGUCAACUGAACACUAAUGAGACACUAAGAGUUGCUUUAUUGCACGUGUCUGACAGUGAUGAUGUGUAUGGGAUUAUUGGAACCAGUGGUACAGGAAGUAUUGCUGUUAACUCUGAUGGCAACAGAGUCAUGUCAUUCACACUGACACGGAGCCAAGGGACUACUGGUGAAGUAGUUGUUGUGUAUAGUAUACUAUACCUACCUCCUGGUGUCACUGACCCAUCGAGUGGCAUGAGUGGAGUAGCUGCAGCUGCUACUAGUACGGCUACAUUUCCCAAUGGGCACUCAACAGUCAAUGCCAAAUUGAAUUUACUCACUACCGGAAUGCUAGAGGAAGCGGCUUUAGUAUACAUCCAACUAGUCUCUGCUGAAUUAUCUGAUGCAGGAUCCUUGUUGACUGAGCCAUCCUCUCCACGUAUCAGUACCACUUCCUUUACUGUUAAUGCCAGCGUGCCGCUAGCAGCUGCUAAUGGACACAUUAGUUUUGCACCAUCCUCAUUGAUGGCAUCAGUCUCUGAACCUGAUAAUGGCUUUAGUUUAGUAUCACUGACGAUACAGAGGAAUGGAGAGUACGGGGAUGCACUUGUUACAUGGACAGCAUCAGCUUCAAGUGGCUCAUCAUUCACUACUAGUGAUAUUGGGAUCAAUGCUGCUCAGGUUCUAAUACCCAAUGGAGCCAGUUCUGCUAGUUUCUCUAUUAGUAUUGUUGCUGAUGAUGUUCCUGAACUAGACGAAUCAUUUAAUGUCAAAUUAUUAUCAGUUGCUCAAGUUGGUCAGAAUAUAGCAACUACUAAUAUUACUGCUGUUGUCACAAUAUUGGAAAAUGAUGAACCGGGAGGUACUUUCUCUAUUGCUUCAACUUCUGAAGGACCUUUUUAUAUUGAGGAGAGUCCAUUAGAUUCAUUAUCAAUACAAAUACAAAGAAAUGGAGGUGAUCUUACUACUGAGCAAGUACUAUACCGUAUUGUUCCCUCAGGUUCCGAUGAUUUUAUUGGCUCUAGUGGUCUAGUGACAUUUUCUCCUUCCAAUCGCUCAAUGACAGUAUCUAUAGGUCCUUCUCUUGAUGACAUACCUGAGAUCAACGAGACGUUCACAUUUGAGAUAUAUUCCACCAAAGACAUUAUCAGGCCACCAUAUAACGCCUCUAUUACCAUACUUGCUAAUGACGACUGGAACGGAGUCUUUAACUUCAGUAGCUCAUCAAUCUCAUCAACUAUAGAUGAGCCAGCUAAUCCUGGUUCCAGUGAUCCUUCUCUGGUAUCUACUGCUAAUCUAACGGUAAUACGUAAUGUUGCAUCAUUUGGUGAUGCUACAGUGCAUUGGGAAGCAGCAAAUCUCAAUACUAUUGAUAUAGAACCAACUAGCGGAUCCGUAUCAUUCAGCGAUGGAGUCUCAGAGGCUGUCUUUCAAGUAUCUGCUCAGGCUGAUAAUAUCACUGAGUUUGAUAUCAGUCACAUGAUUCGGUUGGUUUCAGUCUCUGGUGGUGGGCGGCUUGAUGACUCAGGGACUGUUGCUACAGUUACAGUGAGACAGAGCGAUGAUCCAGUCAGUAUCUCGAGUAAUGAUUUAGUUAAAAGUGGAGAAGAAGGAGACGUGAUUAGUAUUAAUGUUACAAGAGGAGGGAGAGCUAAUGGGGUUGCUGUGGUUAGUUUUUCUGUGAUAUAUACCAGUACUUCUUCAUCAGAUGUUAGCAUUGAUCCAGCCACUAGUAUGAUAACACUGAUGGAUGGUGAUAGAUCAGGGAUCAUUAGUAUUACUCUACUGGACGAUGCUGUACCUGAACUUAUGGAACAACUUCAAAUAAGACUAACAUCUGUAACAGGUGAUGCUGUUAUUGCUUCAGCUAAUACACUAUCAACUAUUAGUAUAAAUGAGUCUGAUGAUCCUAAUGGGUUGUUCCAGUUCAAUGCUAACAGUCUCAGCAAUACAGUCACCGAAGGAAGCAGUGUUGAUUUGACUAUUGAGAGGUUAAAGGGUACCUUUGGUAAUGUGACAGUAUUCUGGAGAGCUCUGUACAAUAGCAAUGGAGUAUUGACACCAGUACCUCCUCUAACUGAUAUUAGUGUCACCUCUGACAGUGUAAUGUUUAGAGAAGGACAGACUACAGCUAGCAUCACUAUAACAAUACUUAAUGAUGAUAUACCAGAACUAACAGAGGAUUAUACAAUAGAAAUUACCAAUGCCACUACUGAAUUAGCAGUAGUUAGUAUUGAUAAUGAGACUGCUAGUAUAACAGUACCUGAGAAUGACUAUCCUUACGGAGUGUUCCAGCUGGAUAGUCCUGGUGCAUUGUGGCUUGGUGAGGAUAUACCUGAUGCAGAUACUAGUAAUGGUACCGGUGUCUUUAAUGUUAGCAGGACUGCUGGUACCUUUAAUGAUAUACAAGUGGUGUGGGAAGUUAGGCCGAUCCCUGCUCCCUCUCUCCCCACGUCUUUCACUGAUCUACUUCUAGUUGGUUCCCGUGGAUCCGGAGUCUCCAUAGCAACACCACGCCCAUCAACAGGCACCACAGCCCUAUCAUUCACUGGUGGUUCCUCCUCACUAGUGACAGUUCCAUCAGCCCUCACUCCACAUGUUGCUAAUAAUAUGAGUAUUAGUGUCUGGUUUAUAUUCAAUGGGUCGGUCAAUGGUGUGUUGGUAGGAUCAGCUAAUGGCAAUACUGUGUACUAUGGGUUGGCUCUUGUGUCUGAUACUAAUCAGUACAUUGUUAGGCUCCUCUAUCUUCCAUCUACACUGAAUUCCGGUUCUGAGACUGUUGAAGUUUCUGUCCCAAGCUCUUCAUUACCAAUGAAUGAGUGGCAUUUACUAGUGUUGAGUGUGUCUGGUACUAGUGCUAGCUUCUAUAUCGAUGGGACACUCAUCAACACUCGUACACUCUCAGCAGGAUUAUCCACUGCCUCUAGUGAUGGUGUAGUUACUGCUGGGGGGCUCACUGGCUCACAGUAUUUCGUGGGUAACUUGCAAGAUGUGAGGAUCUAUGAAACUUCCCUUGAUCAACAGCAAGUCUCAGAUAUAUAUUCUAACCCAGCAGCCGAUCACUUCCAGUACAUAUCUGGUGUCGUUACAGUGCAUGAUAGACAGGAUCGUAAUACUUUCAGUGUACAGACUAAAGAUGAUAGCAUACCUGAGCCAACUACCAACUUUACACUUAGUCUCAUUGCAGUUAGUGGAGAAGCACAACUAUCAACUACUAAUCUUGCAACAACAAUCACUGUUUUAAAGAGUGACUACAGUAAUGGUCUAUUUGGUCUCUCAUCUCUCACUCCGUUCAAUAAUGUUGAAGGAGCUACUGCUGAUAUCAUUGUCACUCGCUCUAGGAGCAGUAUUGGUACUGUCACUGUUGCAUGGGAGAUACGUAAUCUUGCUGAUGGUUCUCUGGCUGAUGAUGAUUUUGAGGAGUCUUCUGGAACAAUUGUGUUCAGCAGUGGAAUAAAUGAAUCUUAUUUCACAGUUCAGUCUACCAAUGAGAGUGUCCCUGAGCUAGAUGAAUCAUUUUCAAUAUCCCUAACAGCAGCUACAGUUGAUGACACAUACCCUAGUUCCACACCAACCAGUGGCGCCUCACUCUCUCCAAACACUACGGUCAAUGUGACCAUUCUCUCUAAUGAUUAUCCUUAUGGUGUGUUCCAGUUUGAGGCAUCUCCUCCACCAGUGGCUGGCGUCAUACCAUCAGCUGAUGCAGUAGUUACUACAGCCAUUACCGAAGAGAUAGGCUCAGUGGUGGUGUAUAUCGUUAGAGCUCAAGGUACAGUUGGUACUGCUCGAGUGGAUUACACUACUAAUGAUGGGACGGCUCUCAGUGGAGGCGUGUCACCUGAUUAUGUACCCACUGGCGGUACUUUGAUGUUUGCUGAUGGUGAGAGGAUAAAAAACAUCUCCAUUGCUAUUACUAAUGAUCAAACUCCUGAGCUGGCCAAGUACUUUUAUGUUAACUUGAGCAAUCCUAUUGGAAAUAAUGAUGGUACUCCUAUUCUUGGUACUGGUAGUGAUAUAGUUAUCACCAUUAGUCCUAGUGAUGACGCUUAUGGCGUCUUUAGUUUCAAUGAUGAGUCGCUAUCACAAAUUGUGAGUGAGGACCAAUCAGGGAGUACACUAGUCUCUUAUGUUGUGGAACGCGGGAAUAAAGGAAGGCUUGGUACUGUUACUGUCUACUGGGAGGUUGUUAAUGGAGGGAAUGAUGUCAGCCAGUCUAACGGUAGUGUGGUCUUUGGGCCUGGUGUACCCACUUCUGUAUUCUUCUUCACCAUUACUAAUGAUAUGAACCCUGAGCUACAUGAGAACUUUACAGUGAGGCUAGUCAGAGUUAGUGAUGGUCGUAUAAGUGAUACAGGGAAUGCUGUAGCUAUUCUUACAAUAAGAGCUAGCGAUAGACCAUAUGGAGUGUUCACAUUCUCACCAUCUUUCAGCCCACUAUCAAUCACUGAGGAUGCUGGAACUAUCAAUGUCAUAAUAUUGAGAGAAUUUGGUAUGGAAGGAACUGUCGAGGUCUACUAUACCAAUUUGAAUGACUCCACUGAAGAAGGUUAUGCUAUUGCUGGGUUUGAUUAUACUCCAGUUUCAGGGAGUGUCGUGUUCACUCCUAAUCAAACAAUGGCUAGUUUCAGUGUUAGUAUCAUUGAUGAUACUCUACCAGAAAUACCAGAAACAUUCUACAUUAUACUAGUCAAUGCUACACUGCUUGAUGAUGAUGGGAUUCACUUAGGAACUGAUGCUCUUCCACUGAUAUCCAGUGCUAAUGCAAGUAUUCUGAUAGAGGAGAAUGAUAAUCCAAGGGGUAUCUUCAGCUUCACUUCGUCAUCAUUCACUGCAGAAGAAGGAACCACUGACUCUAUCACUGUUACGAGAACUGCAGGAACUUAUGGAGAAGUUACAAUAUCAUGGUUUAUUACACUGAUCAAUGCAUCCUCAUCAGAUGUUAAUGCAGUACAAGGGACUGAUACCAUACCUGAUGGUGUUAGUCUAGCUCCACUCAGUAUCACCGUAAUUGAUGAUGCUUUGCCCGAGUUCACUGAGUCAUUUUUUGUAGCACUGACAACAAUAAGUGGUGGAGCUGACCUUGGUUUACCAAUAUUAGCAACUGUUACCAUACCCACCAGUGAUGAUCCUUAUGGUGCCUUUGUAUUUGCUGAGUCUAGUCGAUCAGUGUCAGUUCCUGAGCCUGAUUCAGGUAUGAGUAGUAUCACUAUUAAUGUCACUAGAGAAGGAGGAACGCUUGGUCUUGCUUUUGUUGAUUACAACAUCACGUCAGCCUCAGGUGAACCAGUAUCCAGUGACUUGACGUAUGACUCUAUCAGUAACCUCUACUUUGCUAAUGGAGUUAGGGAGAGAUCACUCACUGUUAGAAUAUUAUCAGAUGAUAUCCCUGAAAUCACUGAAGUGUUUUAUGUGAACCUAUUUGGCGUUACAGGAGGUGGAAGAGUAGGAGCUUUUGGAGUAGCUGAGAUCAGAAUAUUAGCUAAUGAUAAACCAUACGGCUCUGCAGUGUAUCUUAGAGACAGUGAAAUACUUACAAUGGAAAAUGAUGAGAAUGCUACAACCAUCAAUAUACCUGUAUAUAGAACUGGAGGAUUGUUUGAUGAUGUUAGUGUAGUAUACAGUAUAAGAUCAGCCACUCCAUCAUCAUUAGACAGAUACCAAUCACCAAGUACUGGAAUAUCACCACCUACCAGUGUUUUACUAUUACAAUCAAGUGAUUAUGUGACUAGUGAUAGAUUGAAUGAAUGUGGUGUGAAAUGUGUCGAAGAUUACACUGUCUGUCAGUCGUUUGCUUAUGAUUCAUCGACAUCACUCUGCCAGCUGUAUAGAUCAACUGUUGGGGUCUCUGGCAGUGUUACUAGAUCUAACACUGUACAAUAUUAUGAAGCUAUUCCAGGACAGUUGGAGUUAUUGGCACGCCAUAUUGCAUCAGCUAGUCAGGAUUUUGAAUACCUUUUCAACGCUAAUGUGACAAUACCUGCUGGAAGAAACUCAACACAUUCUGACAGCAUUGAAGUAUCAAUAAAUUCAGACACUCUACCUGAGCUGAGAGAGAACUUAACAGUGUCACUGAUGAGUGUAUCAGUGUCUGGUGUGAAUGAUGACUCACUGUUACCAGUUAUUGGCAACUACAGUGAUACUAUCAUUAGCAUAGCUGAGAAUGAUGAUCCUUAUGGACUAUUCAGCAUUAGCAUUAGUCAACUGAGCACUGUUCAAGUACAUGAGCCUUCAGGCACUGGAACCCUGCCUGUUACUCUGACCAUAACCAGGAGUGCUGGUACUAAUGGACCUGCUAAUGUAUCACUAAUUGUUAACGGAGUGACAGCUACUCUUAAUAGUGAUUUCUCAAUUAAUCAAACAUUAGUCCAAUUUGCUGAUGGAGAGUCAUCAAAGACAGUAGUAGUCCAUAUACUGGGAGAUGCUGAACCAGAAGCUGAUGAAUCACUUACCAUCAGUCUCUCCAAUCCAACAGGAGGAGCUAGUAUAACCGGAGAAGAACUAACAAUAGUUAUACUGACUAACGAUAAUGCAGCUGGUACUGUGAGACUGGCCUCUGACUCAAGAGCAGCUACUAUAAGUGAAGGAGGAACUAUCAGACUAACUGUUGAGAGGAGUGUGUCUCAAUUGGGGCGGCUUUUGGUUAAUUGGACUAUCACCGGCAGCCUCAAUUCUACUAAUAACAAUAACAACAACAACCAGUUUAAUGGUAAUUUCACUGGCAAUAAUGAUACGUUUUUUAUCAAUGGCACUGAUAUUGGAGGAGCUGGACCAGAGUCGCAGUUUCAAACAGCUUCCAGUUUUAUCAUUUUCGAAGAAGGCGUUACCUCAGUUGAUAUUGUAACAACUGUUAUUGAUGAUAACAUACCUGAAGUACAGGAGCCCUACUACCUAACAUUAGUAGCUACACGGAUCCUCUCCUCUGGUGUGGGUGAAGCCAUACUGGAUGCUAAUGGAAACGUUGCCAUUAUAACCAUAAGGGCCAGUGAUGAUCCUUAUGGUGUGGUAGAGAUACUAUCAUCCUCACAACCUAUUGAGGAAAAUGAGUCUGACCAACCAACUGUUACUGUACUGAGGAACUUUGGAUCAUUAGGCCGCAUUGUGAUCACAUAUCAAGCUGUCUCUUACCAGUUAUCUGGUCAAAUGUCAGCAACUCCUGGAGAUGAUUUUGAUAACUCUACUAUGACAGUAAUAAUGGAGGAAAAUGAAGCAUCAGCAACAAUCAUAAUUCCAAUAAUUAAUGAUGAUAUUCCAGAGUUGUCUGAGGUGUUUGCUAUUCAGUUGCUAUCAGCCUAUCUUGAGUCAGACCCAUCAGUAUCAGUUCCACUCAAUCCUAACAGUACACUAGCACUGAUCACUAUAAACCCCAAUGAUAAUCCUAGUGGAAUGUUCCAGUUUACUAUGAAUGAAUUGACAGUAUCAGAAGAUGCUGGCAUCAUUGACAUAGAAGUAGUUCGUACAGGUGGAUUGUUUGGAUCAGUUACUGUAAUGUUUCAAACUGUUGGAGACUUAAAUGACUUUACUCUCAUAAAUAUGAGCAUUGUGUUUGCUGAUGGAGUGAGCAGUGAGGUUGCUAAAUUGAAUAUUAUUAAUGACAAUAUGCCGGAGUUGGAUGAGUCAUUUGAUGUACAAAUAUUUAGUGUCAGUAAUGAAGGACUAACAGGAGACAACAAUUCAUUAACUGUUACUAUUAGUGCUAAUGAUGAUCCUAAUGGAAGGUUUGGGUUUUCACCCUCUUCUCUCUCAGUGUCAGUUGAGGAAGCUGGAGCUGUAGUUAAUGAUGACAAUAUUGCUGAGUUAACUGUUAUAAGAGAGGGUGGUACCUUUGGUACUGUUACUGUACCAUACAUGAUUGAAACAGCAGGAGCUAAUGACCUCAGUCCUACUACUGGACUGCUAGUAUUUCAAGAGCAUGAAACUCAACAAGUUAUAAGGAUAACUGCAGUAGCUGAUACAGAGCCUGAAAUUGAUGAGACCUAUUCUAUCUUCCUUGAGACACCAAUCAGUCCAAUUGCAAACGGUAGCAGUCUUAUUGAUGAUGAGUCGGUUGCCAUGAUAACAAUUCCAGCCAAUCAGAAUCCUUACGGCACAUUUGAACUUUAUGCACCAAACAGUCUCUCAUCUCUGUCUGUUGAAGAGGAUGUUGGUACAGUGAGAUUGGAGCUAAGGAGAACCACUCCUUCAUUCAAUGACAUCAUAGUUCACAUAGCAACACUCAGUGAUAGCAGUAUGAUGACUAAUGACACUAAUGGAACUAUUGACUAUACACCUGUUUCUUCUCCUAUUGUCUAUGGAGCUAAUGUUAGUAUGAUUGAGCUACCACUAGGCAUAUUGAAUGAUGAUAUACCAGAACUGGACGAGACACUUAUAGUUCAAUUGGUUAAUGUGUCUGGAGGUGCUAUGGUUGGUGAUAAUAGAGAAGUAACCAUCACUGUCUUGACUAAUGAUGAUGCUUAUGGAGCCGUUGGAUUUGCAGAGAGUUCUUUAUCCGAGAUUCUUUCUGAGCCAGAGUUUGGCCAAAGCACAGUUAAUCUGGUGGUUGAAAGAACCGGUGGACUCUUGGGUAACAUAACAGUUGCAUGGUCACUAUCUGGGGAUCAUUCCAGUGGAGAAGUAACACCUGCUAAUGGAACUUUGACAUUUAAUGAAGGUCAGGAGUCAGAUAUGAUACAAUUGACAGUAUCUUCUGAUGAGACUCCAGAGAUAAGCGAAUUGACUAAUGUUGUAUUGACGUCAUUCAUUGAUAACGGAGUACCUGAGGGUGGGGACCAGACCAAAGGAGCUAGGAUUAUUGAGUCGAGGUCAACAGCAGUCAUUACUGUAACAGCAAAUGAUAAUCCUUUUGGAUCAGUCUCAUGGGCAGGUGCUGGUAUCUCCAUUGCUGCUACUGAGAGCAACUCUGGCAGCAAUCCUGUAACACUGACCAUACUGAGAGUAUCAGGGAACCAUGGAGACAUUGAAGUGACUUACAGAACUACAGUUGAUGAUUUUGCAAUACCUGGUCAAGGAGCAGUAGCUGGUGCUGAUUAUGCUAAUGUGUCAGAAGGACUAGCCACCAUUAGGGACAGAGAGACCUCAACCACUAUCAACAUCCUAAUAUUACCGGACAAUAUUCCAGAGAUUGAAGAAACAUUUGCAGUAGAGCUUGUUAGCGUUCGACUGCUCAACGACUCACUUGCUGUGGGGGCUCCACCUAACUCUCCUAAUAUCCAGCAGCCUGCAGUUGCAAGAGUAUCAAUAGCAGAGAACGAUUUUCCUCAAGGACUUAUGAAUAUUGACCCUGGACCAUUUACUGUCAGUGAGUCAGUUGAUACUACAUGCAUACCAGUGUACAGAUCUGGUGGUAUGUUCAGUACUGUUGGUGCUUCCUAUUCAUUUACUGAUGGAUCGGCCACUGGUGGUAGUGACUUUGAUAAUACUGAAGGAACAAUUUCAAUAGGACCACAAGUAUCACAAGGCUGUUUAAAUGUUACCAUAACCAAUGAUAACACUCCUGAAAGUGAAGAGUCUUUCACUGUAACACUGUUCAAUCCAACUGGCGGCGUUACACUUGGUGAAAAUUUAACUUCAACCAUCAUUAUAAGCAAGAAUGAUGAUGUUAAUGGAGUGUUUUCGUUCUCUUCCGGCAGUCUUGUGAUGCUUCUCCCAGAAGGCACUUCAGGUACAUUUACAAUAGAUAGAGCAGCUGGUUCAGUUGGUGAGAACAUUGUGUAUUGGUCUCUUAGCUCUAGUGGUAGUGAUGACAUGAAUCAAACAAAUGGCAGUGUUGUAUUUACUGAUAGUCAGACAUCAGGUACUUUUGAAUUGCAAGCUCUAGAAGACGGAGUACCUGAGCUAUACGAGGUCCAUAGCGUUACCCUGACAUCAAUCGUGGGAGAAGGUCGUCUUUCCCACCCCCUAACAGCCAGCAUAGCUAUCCCUGCUAAUGAUAACCCUUCAGGAGUCAUUGCAUUUGCUGAAUAUACAUAUGAUACUGUUAUAAUAGAGGAAGGAGGCAGUGCUACUAUUAGUGUAUUGAGGACCGCUGGGUUGUUUGGUAGUGUCAGUGUCCAAUGGCAGAUAACACCUUCUGAUUCAACUGCUUUUGUACUCACAAGUGGUUCCGUGUUCUUUGGUGAUGGAGCUAAUGUUGCCAACUUUACUUUAUCGACAAUACAAGACACUAGUCCUGAGGUUGCUAAAAUAUUCACACUAUCAUUAGUAGCUGCUGGCGAUGCUGACAUUAACAGUAGCUCUUCCGAUAUCAACAUAAUAAUACCAUCCAGUGACAAUGUUCACGGAUCAAUUGGUUUCUCACCUUUAACAGUCUCUACUAGUGAGAGUGUUGAUAGCAUUGACAUCACUGUACUGAGGAGUGGGGGACUGGAAGGUGAUCUGUUGAUUAAUUUCACUGUUAGCGAUAUUCAGGCAGUCUCUCCCGAUGACUAUCAGAUUAAUGCAACAUAUGUGAUGAUACCAGAUGGUUCUAAUACCGCCAUCAUAACAGCAGCAAUAGUAGAUGACUCUGAGCCGGAGAUUGAUGAGUCAUUCUCAGUCACGCUAACAGCAGUCACUCUACUCAAUUAUAAUAAUGGAGGAAGGGAUUUCACGUAUCCUGGUGAUGACUCUCUCAUCGAUUCCCUCCCUACUAUCUCCGAUUCCUCUGACACAUUUCAAGCUACCAUAGCAGCAAAUGAUGACGCAUUUGGUGUCAUCAGUUUAACAACCAAUUCCUAUCAAGUGGAAGAGGGUACUACGCUACUUGUCAAUGUAGAAAGAUCAGGAGGAACCUUUGGAACUCUCAGCUUGCAGUUCACCGUACAAUCAGUGUCUGCCCUUGGUAAUGGGAUUGACUACUCUGCCCCUACUUCUCCAAUAAAUAUACUACCAGGACAGGCAUUGCUACAACUAACUAUACCCAUCAUUGAUGAUAUUAACCCAGAGCUUCAAGAAUCCUUCACCGUUACUAUUGACAGUGUUGAAGGAGGUGCUAGUCUUGGUACCAUAAGGACAGCAACAGUCAUUAUACUUCCCAGUGACAAUCCUAACGGGCGAGUGAGGUUCACUGAUAGUGAUAUUAGUGGACGUGUUGUUGCUAAUCCAGUGAAUAGUCCUAGUGAUGUUAUGCUUGAAGUAUUGAGACUGGAUGGUAGCAUUGGCAGUAUUGAUGUGACAUGGGAAGUGACUGGGCCUAGUCCUGGCUUUGAGCGUGAUGAUAUACUCCAGUCAACAUUACAAGGUGUACUAACGUUUGGCGAUCAACAAACGAAUAACUUCAUUACUGUUACUGUAUUGACAAACAAUGGUCCUGAACCAGAAGAAAACUUUACCAUUACACUGACUGCUGCUACUAAAGGAGUGGCUAUUGAUGAAGAUGGGCAGACUGCACUUCUAACUGUAUCACAAAAAGGAAUACCUUUUGGUGUCAUUGGGUUCUAUGGAACAUCAUUAUCAACUAGUAACACACCCGAAGGAGUUAAUCUCACACUACCACUAGUCAGGGAACAAGGAACGUUUGGCACAUCUGAGGUUUUCUUUGUUGUGAGUGGCCCAUCACCAUUACUUGACUUGUCUCCAGUAACUGGUUCAGUUGUUUUUGAAGAAGGAGACGUAUAUGUGCCUAUUGAUAUAUUUAUAAUAUCUGACAAUAUACCAGAACUACUGGAGACAUAUACAGUAACACUCACAGGCAUCAAUGGAAGAGCUGUGCUUAAUUCCAACACUCUCACUUCAACCUUUAACAUAAUAGCUAAUGAUUCUCCAUACGGUACUUUUGGUAUAACUGAUCUCUCGCUCCAACUGGCUUAUGCUGGUCAGGAUAUGAUACGUAGACUCAGUUUCACGAUAUCACGUCAGUUUGGACUACAAGGAUCAGUUGAUGUUACUGUUGGAAUCACUUAUACUGAGGAGCCUAAUGCUGGAUACUUCCCAAGUAGUAUAUCCCGUAGUUUCAUUAAUGGGCAAGACUCGAUAUCUGUUACUAUCGACUCCACUGCCACUGCAUUCCUAGCUGCUGGUAGCAUUCUCAAUGUGUCUGUAGCCACUGUUACACUAACCAGUCAAGCAGGUGAUAGUGAUGUAUUGCCAGAGAUUUCAUCAUUCACUGGUAUCAUACUCCACAAUAUAUCAGAGAAUGUUUCUAAUCCAUCAGUUGGUUUUGCACUUGAUGAUGUUAAUGCUACAGUCAUUGAUGGUCAAGUAUCUAAUAAUGUUCCUAUUACAAUACAGAGGCAUGGUUUGGUUGGUAAUAUACAGGUAACAUGGGGCACUGGCCUAUUGAUAGAAGGAACAACCAAUGGAUCACUCACUCCAGCCACUGGCUCAUUCAUAAUGUCAGCUGAUACUUCACAAGUCACCGUUAAUUUCACAGCCAUACCUACUGACCCACCUACACAAUCAGAAGUGUUUGCCAUUCGUCUUGCUGUAGAAACUCGUUCCCCUCCUUUUGUAGCUAGAGUGAGAACUGGAGCUGACGUCUCCAUCAUAGAACCAUGGGGAGUGAUAAAACUAACGUAUGAUAGCUAUUCAGCACUUGAGGGACAAAUAGUGAAUGUAUCAGUAUCAAGACUGUAUGGGUCAACUGGUGCUAUUGAAGUCUCUGGUAUCUCUAAGUCUCCCUCGGUCAUACCCAAUAAUGCACUAGCAGCAGAUCCUGUCAUUGACUAUCCACUAGCUACACUCUCAACCAUACUCAAUGAUAAACAGACCGCAGGGAACAUACAGAUAAUAUUACCAUUCAAUACUCAAGUGAAUCCACUUAAAGUCUUUGACUUUUCAUUAACUGGACUAAGGACUGUUAAUUUUGAUGGGCCAUUCACUACUCCAAGACUAGCUACACCGAUACAAAAUGCAUCAGUUACCAUCAUUGAUGCACAAGGAGGAGCUGGUGUCUUUGAGUUUGUGUCUUCAUCUACUACUAUACAUGAGGAUGGUUCACCAUUAGUACAGGCACUCAUCAAUAGGACCAGUGGCACUGCUGGUAGUGUAUCUGUACAACUGAGUAUUGUAGAAACAAGAGCUGAUGGAACCACACCUGCCAAUCAAAUAGCAUCAGCUGCAGAAGGUGACUAUGAUCUCAGUUCUCUUGCUACAAUGGCUACAUUUGCUAAUGGUGAAACUCUCAAGAGUGUCACUGUACAAGUAUUGAAUGAUAAUGUCCCUGAACUGGAGGAAUACUUCACUAUACUACUCCAGAAUCCUCAGGGAGGAAAGGCUAUCAUUAAUCCUGCCAAGUCCACAUUUGAGGUUGGCAUAUAUGCUAAUGAUAAUCAAGGUGGUGUUUUCUCUAUUGUAACUACAUCACUCAGUCUUGAUGAAGACACUCAACCCGAAGGCACUAUCACUGUUAGCAGGACUGGAGGAUUGUUUGAAAGAAUAACAAUUGACUGGCAGACUUAUUAUUCUGAUGGUGGUGUCCAUCCUGUUGCUCUUGGUGACCUUUUAGUAAGAGACUCUGGCAAUGUGACAUUCAGUCCAGGGCAGAGCCUUGCUAACAUUACACUAGCUCUAUCACCAAACAAAGUCCCUGCUUCAGGAGAGACGUUUAGUUUAAGGAUAUCUUCUUCAACAGUUGGUAUUACAUUUGCUGUUAGAGUAGCAACAAUCACAGCAGCCCCUAGUCGAUUCUCAGUAUAUCAAUUUUCUGUAAACAGCAGGUAA